UCUCCUCCCCAUCUGUCUCUUUUUCCUGCUCGCUCUCCCACCUCUUGCCUCUCCCUCUCUCUCUCUCUCUCGCCCUCUCUCUUUCUCUCUCUGCAUCUUAUCCACCUGCCCCUCCCAGCUUUCAUUCAGAUUAUUUGCUCAUCUCCUCUUUACUCCCUCUGCUGUGUCUCUGUCUCUCCUCCCUCUCCUCCCUCUUGCUGCUGCUCAAGCCGGCUGCUGUAACUUCCCUCUGCCGCUGUCAGGAGGUGCAGCUAAUCCUUGUGUCUCUUCCCAAGCUCCUCUGUCUCUCUGUCUGUCUCUUUGUCUUUUUCCUAGUCACUCUCUCACUUUGCCUCACCCUACAUCCGUCACUCCCUUGCUCCCACCCACCCGCCCACCCUCCCUCCUUGUGGAGAUCUUCAAAGCUGCCCAGCACACACGUACAUAGCAUAACACACUCCUCUCCUGCGUGGGAAAACAUGUCAGCUAUUCUGGACCUGGACCAGAUUGCAUGCUCUGGGAAUGGAGUGGAGCAUGACAUCGAAACUCCCCAUGGUGUUCUCCAUGUGACUAUGAGGGGCGUUCCCAAGGGCAACAGACCUGUCAUCCUCACCUACCACGACAUUGGUCUCAACCACAAGUCGUGCUUCAACACCCUGUUCAACUAUGAGGACAUGCAGGAGAUCACGCAGCAUUUCGCUGUGGUCCACGUGGAUGCUCCUGGCCAGCAGGAGGGUGCACCUCCCUUCCCCAGCGGCUACCAGUACCCAACCAUGGAUGAGUUGGCUGAGAUGCUGCCCUCUGUGAUGACUCAGCUCAAGGUUAAUAGUGUGAUCGGCAUUGGCGUGGGAGCAGGAGCUUACAUCCUCACUCGCUUUGCACUGAACAACCCCACCCUGGUGGAGGGCCUGGUGCUGAUCAAUAUAGACCCAUGUGCUGAGGGCUGGAUUGACUGGGCGGCUUCCAAGCUGUCUGGAUGGACCAGUAACCUGGUGGACAUUGUCAUGGCCCACCACUUCAGCACUGACGAGCUGACAGAGAACCAGGAGCUGAUCCAGACCUACCGCCUCCACAUUGCCCAGGACAUCAACCAGGACAACCUGGCGCUCUUCUGUGGCUCCUACCAAUACCGCCGGGACCUGGAGAUAGAGAGGCCAAUUGUAGGUCUGAAUGAGGACACGGUCAACACACUAACGUGCCCUGCACUGCUUGUGGUUGGAGACACAUCACCUGCUGUUGAGGCUGUGGUGGAAUGCAAUUCCAGGUUAAAUCCAACCAAAACCACACUGCUAAAGAUGGCUGAUUGUGGAGGUUUGCCCCAGGUUGUGCAGCCUGGCAAACUUGCUGAGGCCUUCAAGUAUUUUGUUCAGGGCAUGGGCUACAUUCCCUACGUUCUUCUCAGUCACCUGAGCAACGAAUCAGUGCCGUCAGCAGGAAUGACUCGUUUGGCCCGCUCCCGCACCACCUCCUCCUCCAGCAUCACCUCCAUGGACAGUAGCCGCAGCCGCAACAACCUCAAUAGCCUGCUGGAGGGAAGCACCACCGGGGCCCUGGACAGCCAGGCCGGGCCCCAGACCAUGGAGGUCUCCUGCUAAAUCAACACCAACCCCCACACGUCCUCUCCUCCUCCUCCUUCCCUCAGUAACUUAAAUGUAUCUCUCUUUCUCUCUCUCUCUCCUCUCUCUCUCUCUCUCUCUCUCUCUCUCUCUCUCUCUCUCUCUCUCUCUCAUCCCACUCCUAAGCUACUCAACGCCAGGAGGAUCUGUAAUGAAUUGUGUGAUAGAUAUGAGGAUGUAAUAAAUAUAUUAACAGAUGCAUAUUAUUAAAUAUUAUAUCAAGUACACUGUCAGAGUCACAUUCCUAUAGGGACAGGAAGAAAGGUUAUUAUAUACAGACGUUCUGUAUAUUCAAGUGGGUUAAUGGUGUGAUUGAUUCAGCUGUUUCUUUUGUUUUUUUCCACUCUGUGCGUGCAUGUCUUAUGCAGACAGAUCUGGAGACGUCGACUUAGUCAUUGUGUCUCUCUCUUUUUUAUUUUGUUCCAGUAAUGGCCUUUUUUUUGUCGUGUAUUUAUUUUUGUUUUCACCAUGUGUAUUUGUGUUGAAUGUUUGUUUGUUUUUUUUCAUUCCCAGAGAGAUAAUUUGUCCUUACAUGCACUGUAGCCCAGAAACAAAAUACUCCCUGUUCUCUUGUCUACAUAACAUGUAAAAAUAAUAUUAAUUUCACGGUACACUUCAACCAUUUCAGCUCAUCUCGCAUGUUGUGAACUCUAAACAAAUGCCUGCAUUGAUUGUGUGGCAUUGUUUGUCUGUGUGUGUUUUUAUUCAGAAAUAUUCCUUGCUGCACUGUUUUAGUCACCAAGUGAUAGCUCAACCUAGGUGCAGAAAUGGGAUUGCAGUCUGUUUGUUUGUUUGUUUUUUCAUUCAUUUCCAUAAUGACAGGCAAAGAGAUCUGAGUGAAGCACUGACACUAAUACUGCAUACUGGCUUUAGUAGAGCUAAACCUGCUUUCAUUAAAGCCUUGGAGAGAGCUGCAUUUUAAAGAAGACAGUGCUGUGGAGGCCAAUGUGUAGAAUCUGUCACUUCUCAUUACUGUCUAUAUUUUGGUUUCUUUUGUAAUUGAGUUUAUUGGUUUCUAUCUGUUUUUUUUUUCUGUUUUGCAUUAAUAUUUUUGUUCAGUUGAAUAGACCUAUUCAAUCAUUCAGUCACAUUUAACAACCUGUAACAAGUGGGUUUUGAUGUGAAAAUGUGUUCAGUCCCUUCACUGAGGGGCCCAGUGGUGCUUCUCACUGUCUGCUGAUUCAGCUCAUUUAUACUACUACUGAAUAAAGCUAGAAGAAGACAAAUG